AUGGACACCAAAUCGGCUGAAGGUCGCGGAGAAGGUCAGGCAUGUCGUUCUAGAUCCAGUGUCGAUGCUAACAGACAAACACAAGUUGUUGAAGGUCCAGCCGCAACUGCUGCAAGCUCUACUUUGGGUAGUGAAAUAUCCCUGAUCAAUGCUCCGAAAAAGAAGCAAUUCGGCAUCCUCACCAUUACAUCCCUAGCAUUCGUCAUCUGCAACAGCUGGGCUGGUAUCUCAGGUAGUCUCCAAUUAGCACUACUUGCAGGCGGCCCUGUGACCCUGGUGUAUGGCGUCCUCAUCAGCUCUAUCGUCUACAUCUGUAUCGCUCUUUCUCUUGCAGAGCUUGCAAGUGUCUACCCCACUGCUGGCGGCCAAUAUCACUUCACAUCAAUCCUGGCACCGGAUUCGAUCAAUCGGGGCAUCUCAUUCGCGUGUGGGCUCGUGUCAUUGCUGUCGUGGAUCGCCAUCGGGAGUUCCGUGACCCUCAUACCCGCACAGCAGAUUCCAGCCCUGGUCGCCACCUACAGUCCCUCAUUUGUCCAACACCCGUGGCAUGUCUUCCUCAUCUACGAAGGAGUUGCGCUGGUGGUGCUUGCGUACAAUUUAUUCGCCCUCAAACGCACUCCGUGGGUGCACGAGAUAGGAUUCUGCCUCACGAUCGCCCUUUUCCUGAUCUCCUUUAUUGCCAUCCUCGCUCGCUCCAGUCCAAAAGCCCCAAACUCACUCGUCUGGUCUACCUGGAUCAACUAUACCGGCUGGUCCGAUGGAGUCUGUUUCAUCUUGGGUCUUUCAACAUCGUGCUUCAUGUUUAUCGGCUUGGAUGCAGCGACCCAUUUGGCCGAAGAAUGUACCAACGCUGGCCGUACAGUGCCGAAAGCUGUCCUUGGUGCAAUCAUCAUCGGCUUCUGCACCGCGUUUCCUUACGCGGUCGCUGUUCUUUAUGGGAUCACAGAUGUGGACGCCAUCAUAACAUCUACUACAUAUAUACCGUUGGUAGUGUCACAGCAGUGUCUCCGUUCGGUCAACUUUGCAACGGUCCUUUCUUGUGGCGGCAUCAUCAUGGCAUUCUUUGCCCUCAAUGCCGUUCAAGAGACCACAUCUCGACUCGCAUGGAGUUUUGCCCGUGACAAUGGGCUAGUUUUCUCAAAGCAUCUGCACCGAAUCCAUCCCCGUCUUCAGGUGCCUGUUUGGUCUCUCCUCCUAACCUGGGCUAUUCUAGCCAUAUGUGGAUGCAUAUAUCUUGCUUCUAGCACAGCCUUCAAUGCUCUGGUCAACUCGGCCGUCGUGCUCCAACAAGUAUCUUUCUUGAUCCCGAUCGCCUUGCUUCUCUACCGGAAGCGUGAUUCAAGAUACUUGCCCAAAAGCCGCUCCUUCGCACUACCACGUGGACUUGGAUUUGCGAUCAACGUCCUGGCUGUGCUGUUUACAUCAGUCACAACCAUAUUUUUCUGCUUUCCUCUCUUACUGCCUGUUACUGCAUCAUCGAUGAAUUACACUUCCGCGAUCCUCGGAAUCGGGCUGGUCUUGGGUGUUUUGAACUGGAUUUUGCAUGCUAGGAAGCACUAUCAAGGACCCCAUAUGGACCUACAAGGCAUACUCGCGGAAGCAAGAAUGUAAAUCAUUUACACAGGGCUUGACCAGGGCAAAAACUGUACUUGGCUGUGUCGACAGAGGACGCGUUUUGAUCC